UUACGUGGACUGCGGAAAUAAUGAUGCCACGACACAUGGUCCAAUGGCGCGUGUAUGUCUACACCAAUUCGCUAUAUUCGCUGCCGGAUCGCGAGACGAGCGGCUUUCGCGGCUGGUCACCCCAAUACUUCCGCCGCAAUCCCUUCGAGGUCCAUAGGGUUAUGAUGUGGGUAAACCGGGAUGUUUCGGUGCUGAUCAGGAACAGGAAGGCGGAUGUUUUCUAUCUGUACGAGACCAUCAAGAAUCUGCUGCCUCGUCUUGGCUUGGACAGCAUGCAUUUCCGAAAGUCAAUGGUCCACUUUUUUGGAGCCAAGACGGAACUUUUCAUCCACGAACUGAUCAACUUUGCUCGUUCCCCGUACGAUGAUCUAAUGGCCUACGAGUGCAACACCCAGUACAGGGCCUUAUUGCCGGACGAUAAUGGUCCCAGUACCUCGUCGCUAUCCAGGGAUCACGAGUUCUUGUCCUCGAGACUGCUCAACUUUGUGGACUUCACGCGUCGCAUCAACUACGACGAUUGCGGUGGCUUCGCGGCGGAUCUGGCGCUGGAGGAUGAGGACUACGGGGAACUAGAUGAUAUGAUGGUGGAGUGCUAUAGCGCUCCAUUCUUGAUGAAGUUGGACGGCCAGGUGGUGACAGCCCGAAUUAUCCCAAGCUCGCAAGCUAUAGCAUCUAACCAGGGUCAGGUGAAUCCACAAACUCAAUCCCAGGCCCAGCAAGCGGCAAUUCAGCCAUCUCAGCAGGCGGUUCAGCGAUCCUUGCCGUCGGGACAGCAAUUAGGCCAUCAGCAUGCCUCAUCGUCCGCUGUCAUGCCCCCAUCUAUAGAGGAUCUGGAACUCGAGGUGGCCAUCGAGCGCAGUAUGUUCGAAGGAGCCGCCCAAGUUUCCGGCGGUCAAGGUAGCGAUCUCGUCCUGCCAACCGGACGAGUGUUGCGCUUUGCCAAUAGCAACACCAAUAACCGUGCGGUGCGCAAUCCCAACGGAAGUGAAUCAGGCUCCGGUGUCAUGAAUCCACCACCACCACCAAACGUUGCCACCGGCACUUCCUCCGCCGUGCCGAACAAUCCAAGAAAUGUGUCCUUACACCGGCCCCGCCGCCGCCGCAUGCCCUACCAACGCUAG